UAAAUUGUUUAACACAUGAUCGAAAAUUUGUUUACAAUAAAUCCAAUAAAUCCAAUGUUCAUCAUUGGAUUCAUAUAGUGAUUAAAAUUCAUUAGCACGAAUUAAUUGAUCUUUUAGUUAAUGUGAUAGUAUCUUCCCAUUGCAUUUCUGGUUUCUCUAUCGACAAUCCCCGCCACUCGAUGACAGUAAAUCGCACGCGUACUUGUUUUGCAAUCUACUUAUGCGUCUGCUGAAAGUCGUUUCCCUUUCGAUUAACGUUUCGCCUUCUCGAUCGUUUGAUGAACAUGGAUCAAACGAGUCAUCCAUCCUACGAUAUACUUUCACGAUCAGAGUAAUUACAGUGAUCUCGUUGCAAAGGUUGAAACUGCGUAGGUUGCUUACUACUCCUUCCACCGCGAUCGAAGUUCUAUCCCACCAGAUUGGGCCCCGAGAGGCAGAAACAAGCAGAAAAGGAGGCAAUAACGGACGAGAACGGACAGGCGAACGCGCCACAGAUGGACAAACGAAUGAACGAACCGAUUCUGUAAGAUGCAGCAGACAUACAGACUUCAACAGGUAUAGACGCAGGUAUAUACGUCGCAGAGCAACCUGGUAGGAAACCAGCCGGCACUGAUGCUGCUAUUAUUGCU